AUUGGCAGGUAUCCACGUUUGAGCGUGGAGUCAUUUUAACAUUUAUAUUGUGCACAAAACGACCUGGCAAACUCACCUCCUCCGAGAUAUGGGCCUUACAUUGAAGUUAAGCAGAUCGGCCAAGGGACUUUACAGAAGAGUACACAGUAUAGAAGGAACAACAAUCCGGUGGGAUAAUCCGGUGGGAUCUCAAGCGGACAGAACAACAUGGCGGCAUCACUUCGACGGAGAUACGGUCCCUACGUUGAAUAUGAGCAGAUCGGCCAAGGGACUUUCGGAGUAGUGUACAAGGUGACUAAGGAGCAACAAUCUGGCGCGACCUCAAGCGGACAGUUUUACGCCUUAAAAAUCGUUGAGCUAGCGGUAGGUCAAGAGAGUCGGGAACGAGAACUGGUCAACAGAGAGGAAGAAAUUCUGAAAUCAGCAAAACAUCAUAAUGUUGUUCGCUUUGUGGACUCUUUCAUAGAUGGGAAACGGGUAUGUCUGAUUAUGGAAUACUGCUCAGAAGGAACCCUAUAUGCGUACAUCAGGAAGCGAGAAUCUAAGAUGUCAGAGGAUAUGUUCGUCAACUUUCUCAAACAAAUAGCUGACGGUUUGAAGUACCUUCACCGGAAAAAAGUUCUACAUCGUGAUAUCAAGACAAAAAACAUUUUGUUGACAGCGGGACACAUAAUCAAAAUAAGCGACUUCGGCAUAUCAAGGAUUACCGACUUCGUCGACCCGUCAAAACACUCAAUAAGAAUAGGAACACCACGGUAUAUGAGUCCAGAAGUACUGAAGAAAGAGGAAUAUGGACAGAAGACAGAUAUUUGGAGUCUCGGAUGUACUGCUUAUGAGAUGGCUGAAAUGCACUUUGCGUUUUCUUCUGACAGAGAAAGAAAAGCCGUCAAUAAUAUAAAGAACCACAAGCUGCCAAAUUUUGAUGGAAUCAAGUACUGCAGUCGCAUAAUAGAUCUGAUGAAAUCCAUGUUCAACAUAGAUCCUGAUGACAGACCAUCUGCAAAAAAGAUACUGAAAACACUGUCAGGCCAUGAAUGUACCGACCUGUCACUGCCGGCAUCACUAACCAAGAUGGGAGCUGAACCCGCAAAGAAAGAUCAAACUCCGGAGGACAAUGCCACUACAGAAUAUUAUUUUCUACAGGCAGCGAGGAAGGAAUCUACCAGCACACCGUAUCAGCAACCUAGAGAUAACCUUGAAGCAGCUUCAACCGAAAUUCAAAAACUUCUCGUCAUGAAACUUAACUGUCCUAAAGCUGUCGAUAUUGUGGCAAAAGUGAAGAAAAACUUCAAGGAGGGAAUGGCACAGAAGGACAUACUGACAAAACAUCAAGGAAACAUUGCAAGUGACAAAAUGGAGAUAAUUCGGUCCCUGUGUGUGGCCUUACAGGGAACAGAACAGGCGCUUGAUGCCCUUAAGGAAGCAAAGGAAAACGCUGAAUCCUCCCUUACUGGGUCCACCGAUUAAUAUGAUUGACAACGAUGAGGGCGCUCUUACUGGGUCCAUCUAUCAACUUACAUGACAACGAUAAGGGCUCCCUUAAUUGGUUUAUUGAUGAGCAUGAAUGACAACGAUGAGGGUGUCCUUACAAGGUAAAAUGAUAACUUGAAUGACAAUACCGUGGGCACCCUUACACGGUCUAUUGACGAACUUGAAUGAAUAUGCUGAGAACGCCCUUACCCGGUUAUUAUGGCAAUGCUGAUGGCGCCUUUGCAAAGUAUAUUAAUGAACUUAAGUUGUAUUGUUGAAGGCGCCCUUACUCAGUCUAUUUAUGAAUUUGAAUACCAAUGGUGAUGGCGCACUGACAGUAUCUAUUGAUGAACUAACAUGACAAUGCUGAGGGCACCCUUACUUGGUAUAUUUAUGAAUUAGAAUGACAAUGCUGAGGGCGCCCUUACUUGGUAUAUUUAUGAAUUAGAAUGACAAUGCUGAGGGUGCCCUUACUGGGUCUUUUGAUGAACCCGAAUGACAUUGCUGAGGGCGCCCGUGAUAAAAUUUAACUGACAGCCCCGAUACAUUCCGAUCUUAGUCCUCCAAUUAAUUUAAAGCGUUGAGGUGUCACAUACAUGGAACACUGAUAUUAAAUGUAAUGAUAGCAUAACUUUACAAUGUUAAGGCAACUACACAUCAUUUCUAUUAGUUCCCGUUAUAGAUUUAAAUCAGACGAUUUAAUGGUGUGGAAUUUGUUUGUUAUUGUUGUGUGAUCUUUAACAAAGAUUCCAAUAUGUUUGAGAAACUUACAUAAAAUAUUACGCUUAUCAAAUAAUUCCUUUUGAAAAAAUAUAUAACCUAAUAUAAGAUAGUUGCUACCUAGAGGCGAACGCUUAAUCAAAUUAUACUGAAUACAUUUCAAUAUAUUGAUUAAAAUAGUGUAACCACCUGAUAAAGCCGCUUGUACAUCAUAUAAAUCAAUGGAAUAGACAUGUACAUGUAUCCCUAUGCAAUGUAGUAUGGACCAUACUUUUAAUUCGUACCAUAAUAACUAUAUGCGUUACGGUAUGUAAUGUUAAAGAGGACGUUAGCCGAUUUAAUCAUAUAUACCAAUGUAACAGGAAAGGAAAAAAUGCACGGCGACACCGGGGUUCGAACCCGGGACUCUCCGAACUCUAGACGGACGCUCUGCAAAUUGAGCUAUCUAGUCGCCGACGAUCGACCCAGUCCUGUUUCGCUACAUUCCUCACUCCUUUUUCUAAGUCUUACAUUAGAGUUAUUUGAUUAGUACAAUACAUAUACGAUAUAGAUCAAUUUGACUUUUCAUGAUAUUCGCGGGAUUGCCAGUUCGAAUCCGAGUUUGUAGACUUUACGAAAAUGGGAAAAAAAUACAACCUUCAACCCUACUCCUGACAUAUAAGUAUCUUGCGUAAUGUUGCUCUUUUACAUGGACCCAAGACUGGAUUUCUUACACACAAACAAUAUGAUACUUUUCUAUGAUAAUAGUGUUGUUAUUGUUACAACCUGAUCUUAUUCUGAAUUUGA